ACUGAGCUUCUCCGUGCGUCUUAUCUACUCUCUCUCUCUCUCUCUCUCUCUCUCUCUCUCUCUCUCUCUCUCGCGCUCUGCUUUUAGUCUUCUUCUUCUUCUUCUUCUUCUUCUUUUUGGGUUUCUUUUUUCUUGGGGGUUUUUUUUUUCUCGGAAUCUACAGGGGAAAAUACGCGGAAGAGAGAAGCAUUUGGGGUUGCUGGAAGUGGAAAAUCCCAAGUUGGUGAGGGAGGAGAGCAUCCGGUGAGUCGGUGACUCAGAAACAUUUAUUCUCUUUGCUUUUCCGGGAAAGUUGUUGUUGGGUUAUCUUUUUUGCCUUGCCUCUGCAACUUUCCUUGAAAAUUUUUGGUUAAUUUUUCCUUUCCUUCACGCCAUGUACGGGUCCUGUUCUGGCUCUGGCUAUGGUCUGCCCUGUUUAAGUUCUCUCAGGUAGACAUUUCUGAUUCGGGAGUUCACACAGCCCUUCAUUACCUGCCUACUGAUCUUCCGAAAUAGUCAAAAGGUUUUGACGCUCCUUUUUGGGAUUUCUCUCUCUCCCUCUCCCUGCAACUUUCCUUGAAAUUUCUUGGCACUCGAUAACUUUUCAAGGAGUAUUCAAUUGAUUUUGAGGUUUGAUUUUUCUCUGCUCCAAGCUUCUCUUUAACGUGUUAUCUCACUCAGCUUUCUUUAUAUCCUCUUCUUUAUUCCCCUCGUGUUUGGUCUCAGAGGAAUCUCUCCUUUUUGCUCGCUCUCUAUUUCACUCCCGCUCUCCACUUUCUCCAUUCCAAUGCGAAUCUGAGUAAUUAAUCUCUUCAGAUGGACCGACGAAGCUCUGCUAUUUUCUCUCCAGUCAAAUACAGUGAGCACCGAGAGUGCACCACUAUCGCCAGACGGCCGGGGAUGAAAAACCUGUCCGAGAUGAAUGCUGGAGGACCGAGAGUCGUCCGGAUAUCCGUCACCGACGGCGACGCAACAGACUCCUCCAGCGACGAGGAAACCGAGCGACGAAGGGUCAAGAAGUUCGUCAACGAGAUCAGGAUCGAUUCCUGUUUCAGAGAAAACGGAGGAGGCAACGGCGUCUGGAGGAAGCCGCCGGCGACGACCCGCAGGAGGAAGGAGUCGUCGGCUACUCGCCGGCUGGUGAGGCAGCCAUCCUGCAAGAAGUUCCGCGGGGUCCGGCAAAGGCCGUGGGGAAAAUGGGCGGCGGAGAUCAGAGAUCCAUUGAGAGGUGUGCGCCUCUGGCUCGGCACCUACGAUACGGCGGAGGAGGCUGCCAUGGUUUACGACAACGCAGCCAUUCAGCUGCGUGGUCCCGACGCGCAGACGAACUUCUCAGCGCCGCCGCCAACGAAUGCUCCGAUGACUAGCUCCGGCUAUUACUCCGGCGAAGAAUCUCACCACAGCCUCUGCUCUCCGACUUCCGUCCUCCGCUUCCGCUCUCCUUCCAACGAAGAGGCCGAAUCGCAGGGAUCCGUACCGGAAACCGUUACAGAAUCCCGUGAUAUUGAGCCCAUUCGAGAUAUCGCCGAAAUCCAUGAUAUCGCGGAAGAUGCUUGCGUAUCAUCUCAUUUCUCUGAUUACUGGCCGCUCGAUACGCUUUUGCCGAAUGAUAUUUUCGAGGUUCAAAAUUUCGUUCCGGAUCUCCUCGACGAGACGAGUCUACGUGACGGCAACGUUUUCGGCGAAGAAUGCUGCGGUCUGUACGUCGAUCCGGGCCAGGAUCAAGGGUUCGGGUUGACGACGUGGCCCGUGGACGACUACUUCCAGGACAUCGGCGAUAUAUUCGGGUCGGAUCCUCUCGUUGCUCUCUGAGAAAAUCGUCUUGGAGAAAACGACGACUCUUGUUGAUGGCGGUGACCACUGCCAAUUCCUCGGCAGAUUUUGUAUGGGCGGGAAAAAUGUCGGCUGCUAUUUGUUUAUUUUUUUUUGUUUUUGUUUUUGCUUUUGUUUUUUGUUUUGGUUUUGAUGUUUAAUCUGUUAUUAUUAUUUUUUGUUAUAGUAUAUGUUAUCCAUCUAUCCUUUUUGGAAAUA